UCUCCAAAACUCUACCCGCUGCGAUUUCGAUGACGUAUGGACGUGUGGUCAACAAACAGUAGUUUGAGACGAGUAAGCAGGCGUAGGAGAGAAUUAUAAUAUAUGUAGCUAGUUUGUUAGAUUCGGUUUUCGCGGCGCUGUCGAUAGUCUGUAGCGAAAAGCAGUUUGGAUGUAUUCUUUUGAGGAAAGUGAAUUUUCGAGAGGAGUUAAUUGCACGUCAGCGUUGGAGCCAUUUGUGGGGAAUACUCUUCCCAGCCCGUACUGUACUAGCUAGCGCCAGUGAAACUGAUGCUCUGUGACUAGCUAGGCAGCUAGCUAUGACGCUUGUGUUUUUCUGUGCUUAGCUGUGGACUGUUGUGCGAUGUGUGUGAAUGAGAGAGGGACAGCUUUUGAACUGUUUCUAUUUCAGACAGAAAGCCUGGUUGGGAAUACAUAUAUAUAUUUAACCUGAGAGUGCAAUCGACAAAAGUGGCCUGUGUGUCACUUUUCAAGCGCAUGAGAGACUUGGAGUAACGCAAGCUAGCUAGUUGGCUAGUAGCUAUCCCGUAAUGUAAGCACCGCGAACGAGUUAUGUCAUGUCGUUUUAAACGGUAAUUGCGUGUUAACUGGUCAGCUAAAGCAGAACAUUGACAGACUCGAGAAACAACAGUAUUUAUUAACAAAAUCUGAAGCUAAGCGAAAGUGUAGUGACUUGGACUAAACAGUUAGCUUAAUAACAAACAUGUCGAGUUGGGCUUUGCUUCUGUAGAGAGACAUUUUGCUGGAAGCUAGUAUAGCCUGCUAGCUAGUUCACUGAUUAGACAAAGCGUGCAAGUUAGCUAGCUAGCUAACGUUAGCUAGCUAACAGUGCCGACAGAACAAACCAGCAAAAUGACACUCACUUGAGGUGUAAUAUCAGCCUGUUUGGCUGUGUGUCUGUGUUUCGUUAAUUCGUCCGUCUUUGUUAUUGUUUUUUUCCGUGCUUAUUAAUAUUUUAGCUGGACGGCUUUCUAGCAAGGUAUUGCUUGAGCUGAAGCGUUGGCUAACUAGCUAACCAAAAUUAGCUAUCCUGCAGGCUACCUAAUAGCUACAGAUAGGUUGCUCGAAUACGUUCCCCGAUAAAGUAAUUUGUCGUUUAGCAAAAACCAACUGUCUGUUUUUGACCUGCAACGUACCCGGACUACAUUAACUAGCAAGUUGCAUUUGGGCGAAAUUCCAUACUGCGAGAAUAUCGUAGGGAAAAAAAUGUUCCUUUAACUUGUAUGCAUAUGCUAACUUGUCUGGAUGUGAAGUUAACCGGCAGGGUUGCGAAAUAGUUCAUAUUACUUCUGAUUCACUCCGAUCAUCCAAACCCCGGGAAGUAAUGUGAUGUAGAGUUUGUGUGUUGCUUAAAAUUAGCUGUCUUGUAGUAGUAAUGGAAAAGUGUCUUGAAAGACAUUCACGCUAGACGCUUAGCUAACAGAUGCAUUUCCAAAUAUAUAGGUAAUCUAAGUGUUUAAUUUCGGAGGUGAACCAACUAAAACAGACCUAAUAAUUGCAUCUUGUUUUGGGAAGAAAAAAAAUAACUUUGUUCUUGUCAGAUAGAAAUGAGAAGAUGAAUAGCGAGGAGGAAAUCCUAGAUUUUUGUAAUGCCAAAACGAAGAAAACCGUCAAUGAAGAUACCACAUACAGUGCGGAAGAAAUUAUACCUCGGAAUAGUCUUCAAGUGAUGGAUGGCGACGUGGGGAAACAAGGCAUUGAUACUGAGACUGUGGACACCCCUUUGCCAGCCAGGAUAAGUGACAGCCCUGGGGGCGAAGAAGGCGUUAGGGUAGCAGAUGGUUUGGAGACCGAUAAGCUAACUGGGAACAGUGGGGUGCCUUGCGCAUCCCCUAGCACAAACUCCGAUUUGGAUAGCGCUUCCAGUGACCAACACCGCCCGGGUGAGAGUGAUGCUAACUCAGGAACACCACGCCCUGAGUUUCAAAUGGGGAAUAUAGGAAUUGGAGAGGCCAUGGAUGUCGGGGUGGAUUUGACUCUUGACGAAAAUGGAAUGCUGGAACCUCAGCCUCUGUGCCAGGAAGGCAACCGGAGCGGGAAUGAGAGUGCCUCAAACGUGUCUGGUCUUCCUGCUGAGGCCUUGUCCAUGGACAGUGACACACAAGGGCCUGAGAAGCCCUUAAAUACAGAGGCCAGUCUGCCCUGUGAUUCUUCUAAAGGGGAAGGCACAUCUCCUGUCUCUGUUGUUGAUGAAAAUGAAAAACACAAACAGGGGGCCAAGAGGGUUACUUUCCCCUCAGAUGAAGACAUUGUCUCUGGAGCUGUGGAGCCAAAAGACCCCUGGAGACAUGCCCAGAAUGUGACGGUGGAGGAGAUCCUCUCGGCCUACAAGCAGGCCUGUCAGAAGCUCAACUGCAAGCCCAUCGCCAGGCUGCUGACGCAGAUACAGGACCUGAAGGAGCUGAACCAGAGGAGCGAGUGUCUGGACCUGAAGGGAGAGAAGCUGGACUACAAGGCCUGCGAAGCGCUUGAGGAGAUCUUUAAGAGGGUCCAGUUUAAGGUGGUGGAUCUGGAGCAGACCAACCUGGACGAAGACGGUGCAUCGGCUCUCUUCGACAUGAUCGAGUACUACGAGUCGGCCACCCACCUCAACAUCUCCUUCAACAAGCACAUCGGCACCCGAGGAUGGCAGGCCGCCGCCCACAUGAUGAGGAAGACGAGCUCCCUGCAGUACCUGGACGCCCGGAACACUCCCCUGCUGGACCACUCGGCCCCCUUCGUGGCCCGCGCCCUGCGGAUCAGCGGCAGCCUGGCGGUGCUGCACCUGGAGAACGCUGGGCUGUCGGGGCGCCCCCUCAUGCUGCUGGCCACCGCCCUGAAGAUGAACAUGAACCUGAGGGAGCUGUACCUGGCCGAUAACAAGCUCAACGGCCUGCAGGACUCCGCCCAGCUGGGGAACCUGCUCAAGUUCAACUACAACAUCCAGAUCCUGGACCUGCGCAACAACCACAUCAUGGACUCCGGGCUGGCGUAUGUGUGUGAGGGGUUGAAGGAGCAGCGGAAGGGGCUGGUCACUCUGGUUCUCUGGAACAAUCAGCUCACACACAACGGCAUGGGCUACCUGGCAGCAGCUCUGCCCUGCACUCACAGCCUGGAGACCCUCAACCUGGGCCACAACUCCGUGGGCAACGAAGGCGUUCACAAGCUGAAAGACGGGCUCAUCGGCAACCGCUCCGUACUGCGACUGGGCCUGGCCUCCACCAAGCUGUCCUGCGAGGGUGCGGUGGCGGUGGCGGAGUUCAUCGCAGAGAGCCCGCGGCUGCUGCGGCUCGAUCUGCGGGAGAACGAGAUCAAGACCGGCGGCCUGAUGGCGCUGUCCCUGGCGCUGAAGGUCAACACCUCUCUGCUGCGCCUCGACCUGGACCGCGAGCCCAAGAGGGAGACCGUGAAGAGCUUCAUUGAGACGCAGCGCGCCCUGCUGGGGGAGAUUCAGAAUGGCUGCAAGCGCAACUUCAUCCUGGCCAAAGAGAAGGAGGAGACGGAACAGAAGAUGCGCUUGUCGGCCUCCAUGCCCGAGAUCACGUCUGCCCAGGAGGAGGCGGAGCCAGAGACUGAGACGGAGGCGGAGCUGGCUGCGGCGGGCCCUGUUGAGGAGGGCACGGAGGCGGAGCCAGCAGAAGGAGAGGAGGCGGAGGAGGGAGAUGAGAGCCAGGAAGGGGAGAGCCAGGGGCAGGAGUCGCCCAGGGUCAUUAUGGAGAUAGACUCCGACACAGACGAGGAGGAGGAAGAGGAGGAAGACGUGGUGGAGGGAGCUGUAACAACAGUUUCGGCGGCGCCCCCUGGCCCCCAGCCCAGCGCUGCCACACCACCCCGGACUCCGCCCCCUGCCUCCCCUGCCUCUCCGUUAGGACCGGUUGCUGCUUCGGGGAUCACCGUUUCAGAGACCGCCGUACCGCCGGGGACUCCUCCCUCUCCCGGCCGCUGCAUUUCCGUCUCCAGCCCUGGGAGGGGGCAUAAGAUCUUCAUGGUGACUCGAGUGGAAAGCCCCCCGGAGCAGAAGCUGCAGCAGAAGCUUCCGGAAAAAGGGCCGGAGAAGCAGAAUCAGCAGGUCCGGAGUGCAGAACAGUCCUCAGCCGUACUGCUGAAGGAAACUGCUCACCAACAGCAGAGAGAGCCAGCACAGUCCCCACAAACACAGGCUCAGUCCCCACAAACACAGGCUCAGUCCCCAGAAACACAGGCUCAGUCUCCACAAACACAGGCUCAGUCCCCACAAACACAGGCUCAGUCCCCGCAAACACAGCCUCCUUCCCCACAAACACAGCCUGAGUCCCCACAAACACAGGCUCCUUCUCCACAAACACAGACUCAUUCCCCACGAGCACAGGCUCUGUCCCCACAAAUGUCAGAGGUCCAUCAGAGUCCGACAAAGCCAGAGCAUGCCCUAUCACAGGUGGGACUGUGUGGCAAACCGCACCAGCAAGUGACUGUAGAGAAGCAGCAGUCACAUUCAGCCACAGCCCUGGAGUCACAGCAGGAGCAGACAGACCAGGAACAGGAGCUCGCCCAGAAAUUUUCAGAGCCACCUCAGGUAGAACAGGACCUGCCCCAAGCAAACAAAGAGGCACUGCAGCUGGAACAGGAUGUGAAGAAGCUACAAACAGAUAAGACACUGUCCCAAAUAAACAAAGAGGAGCUGCAUGUGGAACAGGAGGUAUCCCAGAUGAACACAGAGGACCGACAGAUGGAACAGGAACAAUCUCAAACCAAUGUAGAUCCACAUCAGAUUGAACAGGACCUUUUGCAAAUUAACACGGAUGACCUUAAAACAGACCAAACAUCAUCCCAAACGUGCAAAGAUUCCCUGCAGGUGGAACAGGAACAGUCCCAAACAAAUGCAGUAGGGCUGAAAGCUGAACAGGCGCUGUACCAAGCAAGUAAUAAGAAGAUUCAGGUUCAACAGGCGUUGACCCAGUCAAACACAGAGGGGCUCCAGGUGGAACAUGAGCUGACCCAGUCAAACACAGAAGAACUGCAGGUGGAAGAGGAGCUGACCCAGUCAAACUCAGAGGAACUGCAGGUGGAACAGGAGCUGGCCCAGUCGAACUCAGAGGGGCUUCAGGUGGAACAGGAGCUGGCCCAGUCGAACUCAGAGGAACUGCAGGUGGAACAGGAGCUGGCCCAGUCGAACUCAGAGGGGCUUCAGGUGGAACAGGAGCUGGCCCAGUCAAACUCAGAGGGGCUUCAGGUGGAACAGGAGCUGGCCCAGUCAAACUCAGAGGGGCUUCAGGUGGAACAGGAGCUGGCCCAGUCGAACUCAGAGGGGCUUCAGGUGGAACAGGAGCUGGCCCAGUCGAACACAGAGGAACUGCUUGUGUGGGAAGACCAGCCCCAGCCACCAGAGAAGCAGUUGCCUCCGGGGCAGCAGCCAUUAGACCAGGCGGCUGGAAGAUCGCAGCACCGUGAGAAGCCAUCACCUCAGACCUCACAAUCAAAGGAGCAGCAGAAACUUGCUCCCCCAGCAGAGCAGCGACUCCCGCACCCAACAUCGGAGCAGCUACUCCCUUUGGGCCUGCAACCCAAAGCUGCUCCCGCUCCACAAGAGGAGGCUGCUCAGGAGCGCCCCCCUCUGGCUGUAACCGAGCUGGAUGACACGGCAGCUGAAAGCGAGGGCGCGACGGUGGCGUCCACCCUGCCCAACGGCCUGAAGCCUGAGUUCGCCCUGCACCUGCCCGACCCCGAGGGCCCCAAGCCUGGCCGCUGCAGCACCGAGCACGUGAGCGUGUCCGCAGAGCUCAGCUGUGGACAGGACCUUGAGGAGCUGCUGCGGGACGCCAGUCUGGAGAUGGGGAGAGAGGCACCUUGACAUCAGCGGGGUCCUUCAGGCCAGAGGAACUCUGGGUGGUCCUCACAUAUUGCCUGCUUGGCUCGUAGCUCCAACGCCACCCCAACCGCCCCUCCAACUUCUACACAUGAAAACUCAAGUGCUAUAAAUUUUUCACUUUAAAAUCACUCAUAGUAAUAAAUCAAUAAAUAAAAAGAAAAAAAAGAAAAAAAAAGAUAAGCAACUUUAAAAGUAAUCUCAACGCAACAAUAUAGCCACAACAAAGACAAGAACAUUGCAAAGGAAUAGGAUUAUGAGACGAAACGGAAUCACGCUUUUGCGUAUCACUACAUUCCCCCUACUAAGAAACCAGAGGAACAGCUGGUACCGGGAUAAGAGAGAGCCUGAGAGGUGGAGAGAGGAUGUGGGGGAGAGGAGAGGAUCUUACCAAAGACUGCACCCUCUGGUGUUCACACGUAGUACUGCGCCGGGUUUCACAGGCACUGCUGCCCCCCAGAGGACGCCAGAGGUACUGGAACAAAGAGAAGGCUGACCCUCCAGGAUGGGUACGAUGCUGCAGAAUUAGAGGGAUGCACUGGCUUUGACUGUGCCAGGUACUGCAUUUACAGAGCUGUGGAGUACAUACAGGCUCCAGCUCGCCCGUGAACUGGGGAGGAUUCCCUGGUGAGAGCCAUUUCUCUGUGUCACACUUUGUCUCUUAAAAAAACGGUCUGCCAAAGCAAAAUCUGGCCCCUUCUGGAAUAAUAUCUCAGCUGCAUAGUGCUCUGGUGUGCACUGGACACCCUCCCAACAUGAACAUCCUUUAUAAAGAAUUUUACAGAUUCCCUCAUAGUGUUCUGGAAAAGCUCGUUUGACAGUUGAGGAGUACCUCCGAACCUUCUCGUGGGAAUUCUGUGCGAAUGUUGGAGAAGUCAAGCCCUGAGUGGGAGUUGAACUCAUGAAUAGUAUGCUGCCUUUCUCGUUUCCCUUGCCUGAAUGUUCUGUCCAGAGGUCUUCAUCACUGCUUGUUUUCUUUCUGGAAACACGGAAGGGUGAACCCUCCACAGGACGAAGCCCCAAGAGAAUUCUAAAGAAAAUCUGGGGGAAAUGUCUGUUCUGUGGAGUCUCUCUUACUGUUUCUCCUCCUCUCUUCAUCCUCAUCUUCUUCACUCCGUCAGUCUUCCGCUGUCGCCCCAGACACUGACAACUCAAGAUGGAGGACAGAAAUCUCCUUCAGAUCGACGCUAAUCUUUCAACUUUUUUUUUUUUGCUGCUUUGAGAAAAUCACAGUUGUAUUUAUUUUAUAGCUUUAUCUGCCUUUAUUUUGGGAUGGAUUCUCUUUUACCAGUUAAUUUUUUGGGGUUUGAUUUUAAUGAUUUCCCACUUGAUGUAUAUUUUCUGAUUCUAAGAAGAGCUGUGAUUGUUUCUUUUUUUUUUGGUGGGGGGGGGGGGGGUAGGGCGGGUGCUGUAAUUUAAAGGAGGCGGGGUAAAAUUAUCAAAGAAAGGAGGAUUAUGGGUUUUGGGUGUAGGGAGGGGGGUUGCAUGUGACUGCUCUCACUGAGAUAAACUACAGGGGCAAGCUCAAAGAAUGUUCACAUAAACGACUACAACAGGAACAGCACUACAUUAGCUAACGAGGACACCGCCGAGCCUGCUGGGAUUAGGGAGGUCUCUCAACGCAGGUUUUGGGAGGAAGAAAGGGAAGCCGAGUCAGCCGGAGGCGGGACAGCCCAUGCGCCAUCGACCGCUCGCUGUGAGAACGCCCUGGUGCCCCGGGGCAGAAGGGGGUCGGCUGGGGGGCGGUUUUUGAGCGGGUGAGGGUGCGGACCCGGGGUCCUGCUCUUCUCCGGCUGAGCUGCCAGCCCGUGGCGGAUGCUUUGGGGGGAAGGCAGACGGAUCUUCACUGUGAACCGAUGGGCUUACAGGGUUGCUUUGCGAGGGUCCCGGUGCAGUUGGGUCCCGCUGUUUCCCAGGCCCAACAAAGUAACGCCGCCCUCCCCACUCUCUGUGACUUUUACCGGCUGUCCCAGUCGCCUGUUUUUUUUUCUUUCUUACUUUUAUUUAAAUAACUUGGAAUGAUCAAGAGAUGUACUGGUAAUCACAGAUGUAUGGCAGCCUGUUCAUGUCUCAAAAUAAACGCUUGUAAUGAGAGUAAUGGGAAGUUAACCGGUAAUGUUUCACAGGAUCUUAUUCUGUUAUCUGUUUGUUCUAAAACUGAUCCAAUGGCCAAGGUCCUGAGACUGCUUUUGCAAUUAAUGGAAAGGGGGCGGGGCGUGUAGGAAUCUGUCCCAUUUACUGUGAGCAGUGCCCAUCCUGGUGACUGGCGUCCAGCGUUCCCUCAAUGUUACUGUAACGCUGAGAGAGCGUUGGUAGUCAGGUUAGCGCCACAGCCUAACCUGGCUACCAGGUUUUUGCAAACAUUCAAAAUGAAGUCUGUCCACAGGGAAGGUGCUUUCAUAAACAGAGGGGGGGGAAACAAAUCAGGAUUUCCACGGACUGAGCCCACACACAACGUUCUAAAAACAUUACCACAACGCAGGGUAACGUUGAGGACAGAACACUCAGCAUAGCAGGGCUGGGAAGCUUGAAAGAGAGGGCUGGGGGCACACUGCUGUCUAUGUGUCCUGGCCUUGGCACGCGUUCACACCGUGGUUAUCCUUGGAUCUGGGGCAGAACCAGGCCAGGCCAGGUUCGGCAGAAAGACUGCAUUGUAACAGGAAGUAGGAGGUAGGGAAGACUGGCAGAGGUUUGACAGUAGGGGAUCGUGGGUAAGGAAGUGCCUGGUUCAGUGCUGUUUCCUGUAUAGGCUGUAACUGGGAGGAAGUCAGUCUGUGAAUUGAACCUGGGACUACUCAAGGUGGGAAAGCACUACGGUGGCAGAUUUUCAGAGGGAAAGGUUCUGAUUCUCUGGCCUUAUACCCGGCCGGUCCUGUCGGUCGGGGUGGGGGAGCGGCUGGCCACCCUCCGGAUCUUUUGCCCACGGGCGGGGCGCGUGACUUGAAAAGGGAUAGUCUGAGCAAAGGGGGCGGUUUGCCUCGCGUGUGUAGAUCUGAACCACACCAAAACUGCACUACCACAAGUCAUUUCCUUUCUUUUUUUAAAGCCUGUUAUGGGAUUUAUCUCACAAGCGAAUGUACAAUAUUUCUUAGAGAGCUUUUGUAUUUUAGUAAGUUUUCUUACCCAACCCCUUUUAAGGCAGGCCAUUUAUUUUUAUUUAUUUAUUUUUCUCUCUUUUUUUGCAGUUUGCGCUGUGGUGGUUUUUAGGCGAUUGUGACGGGUGUGUCGGAAACAGUGGGGAGGGGGUGACACUGGGAGCGGUGCAGGACGCGUAAGGUGCUAAAUCGGGGGUUUCCAUCAAAGCCAGGCAGAGUCUUGCUUGUAUAUGGAGUGUCCGUUUGUAAGCAGUAUCACUUUAAACAGUGCUCUUGCUGUACUGCAGUGACACAGUAAUACUGGUGGAACAUUUUGUGUCAGCAGUUUGAUGCCAUUACUCAUCCUAAGUCGAGCUUUGUGGCAGACGUGGCUGCUCAUUCCCUCCUCCCACAUUGUGGAGGUUACCUCAAGCGUACCCAGGUGGCGUCCGUACCGACCAGACAUCCCGUUUCUUUUAAUGAUGAAAUUUCCGCCUCUGCCAUUGUUGAAGGUCAACGCGUUCAGGUGUUCUGCUCAAUUCAUUAAGGGGCUUCAUUGAAGAAAAACCGCGCCUAUGGCUCACAUGGCAGUGCAGAUCGCCACAGACCCUCCUGUAGUUUAUAAGCAGAGAGGAACAUAAGAACACGGGAGAUGAGUCUCUGGCGAGCUUUCAGAUUAAGAACCUGGGCCACAGCACAGUGUUGGGGUACUGAAACGUUGGGGUACUCACCGUGGGUCAGACCAAACACACCAGCUUUACUCCGGCUCUGUGUUCUCUCCGUUCUUACUGCACGCCGUCGCACCCCGGCUCUGAGGAUGCUGGGAAAUGGCCCGUUUGCCAGUAUUUGCUUUCCUCACCUUGGGUAAAGCCUCAUCAGAGCUUCUUAACAUUGAGGGGGACCAUAAAUCCCUAAGGGAAUAAUUGCAAAGUGUGCUUGGACUCUGGCCUCAUUGGUGCAAUAUGUUGAUUGGGGAGCUGUGUUUGCUCAAGAGAAGGCGGAAUGGUGAGGGGGGGGAGGGGCUUGAUUGCAGAACUGAACUGAUUGGUCACAGUAAUCCUUAGCACCAGGGGGGGUUUUGUAUUUCCUUAGCAUUUUUUUUUUUUUUUUUUUUUAAGUGGUUUUUAUUUCUCACUGAUUGUACUGUCUUUCCUCUACACUGAGUUGUGUGUAAUCGGCAGAUGGCUCUGUCUGUCUGCUGAGAUAAAGUGCAUUGCGUCGCGUCACCUGUCUGAACAUCAGCUUUCCAGAUGUGCAGGACACCGCCUUUCAUGGCUGCCACCAUCGCUGAAGCAGGACAUAGUGGACACUGGCGUCGGAUGACAUCAUCACAGGGCUGAAUUAUGUUCCUUGUCAUUCACGCUGACUCGGCAAUGAUAUCAUCGCUCAGAGCAGCAUGGAGCCCUCUGGACUCCAUUUGGACUGUGAGUGGGAGUGCAAGGAGAAGGGUUUGAUGAGUCUGUGAUGCUUGGGCAGUCUGUAAAGAAACCCACAGGAAAGACUGUCUGAUGUUCAAUUUUGACAAAUUUGUAUGAUUUCAUUUUUCUUUUAAAAAAAAAUACUUUCAUUGUAACUACAUUUCCCAGACUGCCUCUUACCGUUGUCUUGUCCUAGGCUGCAGGGAUUUGGCCGUGGAGGGGGGAUUAGUGGCUUGCCUCAUUAGGCAUGGGGGGUUGCGGAAUUUGGUGUGCGAAGCUCCUUGCCACAGAAUCGCAGAGCCUGGUGCAGUCUAACGGACUGGUCGGCAUCGGUCAAAACCACGCUACGCAUGUGUACUGCCGCAUGUUUGGACUUGUCCUGAUAAUUUUCUUCAUCACUGGCUGCAGUCGUAACUAAGGAGGGCAGAACGUUCUGGAGCAAGUAUGGUAGAUUCAUUUUCUAAAAGAACAUUUUACUUCAGACUUCUCAGAUAAGAUAAUCACACCCUUCUCCAAGCUAUGCAAAGUACAACCUAGCCCGUCCCCUUGGUGAAUGGCUUAAUGUGUUUAAAAAAGAAAAGGAACAAAAAAAAAAGCAAGAUUUGACCAAAACGAAAGUGGAUUUUUUGUUUUAAUGCACCUGCUUUUCGGAAUAGACAAAGAAAAAUGCAGCAGUUUACCCCCAAGAAGCCAUUCCUGCCCUUAAAUAUUGCCCUGUAUCAGAUCUUUUGGGCUGUGAUUUGGAAAGGAUGUUUUCACCGACAGUAUGUAGCAGCUCUUCUGUGUUUUCUGGAAUCCAGUGACUUUUAGGCGAAGACACCCUUCAAAUGAAAAACACCAAACGCAUAAUUCCUCAUGAGAUACUUGGCGGGGGGUCGUGAGUGACACUGAUGAACCUGCCGUAAAUGUAGUCUAGUAACACUGCUGUAUUUUAUUUUAUUUUAUUUUAGUUUCUUUAUUUCCUAAUUGAAUCUGCCUUCUGGAUUUCUGAUAUGCUGUGUUUCUCACUUUAUUUUAUUUAUUAUGAUUUGUUUUUUUGUUUUUUUUUUGUCUUGUGAAUGAGGAUUCUUUGCUCUGAUCCCUGCGUAGGGAUGAACUCUGAUAAAAAUGAUAGUAAUAAUAAAGUAGGUUAAACAGAGAGACAAAAAGAAAAGGAAAAAAGUUAAUAUAUUCCAUUCUGUUUAUUAGGGAACUGGCUUUACCGGGGGCCGGUUACGGCUUUGUUCUUAAAUUUAGGACUAGAUUUAAAAAAAUAAACGACAAAAACUGUUUUACUGCAUUUAUGGGUUUAUUGUAUAAUCUUGGUUGAAAUAAAGGGUUUCCUAAUUUCG